AGCCAAAGUACAGAAAACUGGAAAGCGAAAGACUCGUGGGCCGCGGAGAGAGGACACUGGAGACUGGUGACUUGGGAGUACUGACCGCUUAGACACGCACUGGUCUACGGAUUCUUGUCGAGGGAAACUCAAGGCUACAGGAAGAGGACGAGCAGAGCACGUCCUACUCCGGCAGCCUAGGCGUCGCCGGAAGAUCGGCUGGUUGCAGGUUACGGCCUGUCGGUCUGAGUAGCUGCUGCCCAGCUAACUAAAAGUUCAUAUUUUUUUUGGGUAUAAAGCCCCUUUCUCCUUCCAAAGUCGGGUUAAUAUCGGACUUUGGCAUUCUUAUUUUCGUUAAACCCUACAUAAACCCCAGUGAGUUCAUAAAUCUAUGUUUUUUGGUUUCUUUUCUAUUGAAGAUUUGGUGGAUAUCUUGCCGGACCGUCAUUAAUAAACAGAAUAUUCUGAGAAAGAUUUCUUUUUGGAGAGAAAUCAAGUCAUUUCUACUUAUUUAAAUGGGCGAUUCUUUAGAGAGACUGGGCUCUGAAGCGGAGUCAGGGUUGGAAUCGAGCAUGAAGGAGGAGUUGUGUAUGGAGAUCGAUCCUCCUUUCAAGGAAAACGUUGCGACUGCUGAGGAUUGGAGGAAGGCAUUGAAUAAGGUUGUUCCUGCGGUGGUCGUGCUGAGAACAACGGCUUGUCGGGCGUUCGACACAGAAGCAGCUGGUGCGAGCUAUGCUACAGGUUUCGUCGUCGAUAAGCGUCGGGGAAUUAUUCUCACAAAUCGCCAUGUUGUUAAGCCUGGCCCUGUGGUUGCAGAAGCUAUGUUUGUAAACCGUGAAGAAAUUCCAGUGCAUCCUAUAUAUAGAGAUCCGGUCCAUGAUUUUGGCUUUUUUCGUUAUGAUCCUGAUGCAAUCCAAUUCUUGAGCUAUGAAGAGAUUCCUCUUGCUCCUGAGGCUGCUUGUGUUGGUCUAGAAAUCAGGGUUGUUGGUAAUGAUAGUGGUGAGAAGGUUUCAAUUUUGGCUGGAACUCUUGCUCGCUUGGAUAGAGAUGCCCCUCAUUAUAAGAAGGAUGGAUACAAUGACUUCAAUACAUUCUACAUGCAAGCUGCAUCAGGGACUAAAGGAGGUUCAAGUGGUUCACCUGUCAUUGAUUGGCAAGGAAGGGCAGUAGCAUUGAAUGCUGGCAGCAAAUCAUCAAGUGCUUCUGCAUUUUUUCUUCCUCUAGAACGGGUUGUGAGGGCAUUAAAAUUUCUGCAGGAUGGCUGGGAUUCAUUUGGAAAUAAAUGGUUGGCAGUCACUAUUCCUCGUGGUACGCUUCAGGUGACAUUUCUUCAUAAAGGAUUCGAUGAGACACGCCGGCUUGGUCUGCAAAGUGAAACGGAGCAGAUGGUUAGGCAUGCAUCUCCUGCUGGUGAGACUGGAAUGCUUGUUGUUGAUUCUGUGGUCCCAGGAGGCCCAGCACACAAGCAUUUGGAGCCUGGUGAUGUGCUUGUUCGGCUGAAUGGGGAAGUGAUUACUCAGUUUCUGAAACUGGAGACUGUACUUGAUGAUAGCGUUGAUCAGGAGAUAGAUUUGCUGAUUGAAAGGGGUGGCACUUCCUUGACUGUUAAAUUGCUGGUUCAGGAUUUGCAUUCGAUAACUCCUAAUUACUUCUUGGAAGUAAGUGGUGCAGUUAUUCACCCUCUUUCCUACCAACAGGCUAGAAAUUUUCGAUUCACCUGUGGUCUGGUAUAUGUAACGGAACCAGGAUAUAUGCUCUCCAGAGCAGGAGUUCCUCGACAUGCCAUAAUAAAGAAGUUUGCAGGAGAAGAGAUAUCUCAACUUGAUGAUUUUAUAUUAGUUCUCUCUAAGCUUUCUAGGGGUGCCCGGGUGCCUUUGGAAUAUAUAAGCUACAUGGAUCGCCAUCGUAGCAAGUCUGUCCUGGUGACAGUUGACUGCCAUGAAUGGUAUGCGCCCCCUCAAAUUUAUACUCGUGAAGACAGUCCUGGUUUAUGGACAGCAAAAGCUGCAUUGCCUCCUGGAUCGCUACUACUUUCAAGUGUCAAUGGUGGAACAAAUGACUUGGCAUUCGAAACAGCUGAAUCAACUACCAAUGAAGUUGGUAUUAUAGAACAUGUAAAUCAAGGUAACAAUAAAGAGUGGGCAGAUGGCUGUACUAGCAUGGAAACUAAUUAUGGCCAUGCUACAGAGGAGCCACAUUUUCAGGAAGAACUUUCUGUUAAAACAAAAAAACGAAGAGUGGAAGAGGAUUCAUCUGCUAAUGGCAUAAUCAUAUCUGACUGUUCAAUACAUAAACUUGGAGAAGAAAAGUCCAAGGAGGAAAGAAGCUUGGAAAAUACAGGCUUUAGUGAGGAUCUAGGAACAUCAGCUGCUAAUGCUUCAGUUGCUGAGCAAGUAAUAGAACCCACUCUUGUAAUGUUUGAGGUUCAUGUUCCUCCAUCAUGUAUGCUUGAUGGAGUGCACUCACAACAUUUCUUUGGGACUGGUGUUAUUGUAUACCAUUCUCAAAGCAUGGGAUUGGUUGCAGUUGACAGGAAUACAGUUGCCAUAUCUGUUUCUGAUGUGAUGCUUUCUUUUGCUGCAUUUCCAGUGGAAAUUCCUGGGGAGGUAGUUUUCCUCCACCCUGUACACAAUUAUGCUCUUGUUGCAUAUGAUCCCUCUGCUUUGGGAGUUGCUGGUGCCUCAGUUGUUCGUGCUGCUGAACUUCUUCCUGAGCCUACUUUGCGUCGAGGAGAUUCAGUCUAUCUUGUGGGGUUAAGUAGAAGCAUGCAGGCAACAUCUAGGAAAUCCAUUGUGACCAAUCCUUGUGCUGCUUUGAACAUUGGCUCAGCUGAUUGCCCACGGUACAGAGCAACAAAUAUGGAAGUGAUUGAACUUGAUACUGAUUUUGGCAGUACAUUUUCGGGUGUGCUAACUGAUGAACAUGGAAGAGUUCAAGCUAUUUGGGGAAGCUUUUCCACUCAGCUGAAAUAUGGUUGUAGCACUUCUGAAGAUCAUCAAUUUGUUAGAGGUAUACCAAUUUAUGCAAUUAGCCAAGUGCUUGAAAAGAUCAUUCAGGGUGCAGCAGGACCUCGACUACUCAUAAAUGGUGUCAAAAGGCCAAUGCCUCUUGUGAGGAUUUUAGAAGCUGAACUUUAUCCAACUUUGCUUUCAAAAGCUAGAAGCUUUGGGUUGAGUGAUAAUUGGGUCCAAGCUCUUGUCAAGAAAGAUCCAAUAAGACGUCAAGUAUUGCGUGUUAAAGGUUGUUUGGCUGGAUCAAAAGCUGAGCGCCUAUUAGAACAAGGUGACAUGCUCCUAGCAAUCAACAACGAGCCUAUAACAUGCUUCCGGGACAUAGAAAACGCUUGCCAAGAAUUGGACAAAUAUGGUGAUAGUGAGGGAGGACUUAAUGUGACUAUCUUUCGACAGGGGCGAGAAAUGGAGCUUGUUGUGGGAACAGAUAUUAGAGAUGGAAAUGGCACAACACGCAUGGUGAAUUGGUGUGGAUGUAUUGUUCAAGAUCCUCACUCAGCAGUGCGUGCCCUUGGUUUUCUUCCCGAGGAAGGGCAUGGUGUGUAUGUAGCAAGAUGGUGUCAUGGGAGUCCAGUACAUAGAUAUGGCCUGUAUGCUCUCCAGUGGAUAGUUGAAGUUAAUGGGAACCUCACUCCAGAUUUGGAAGCAUUUGUUAAUGUGGCAAAGGGCUUGGAACAUGGGGAGUUUGUUCGAGUAAGAACAGUCCACUUGAAUGGGAAGCCUCGGGUGCUAACAUUGAAGCAGGAUUUGCAUUAUUGGCCCACAUGGGAGCUGAGAUUUGAUCCAGAGACUGCUACAUGGCGCCGUAGAACCAUCAAAGCAUUGGACUGCAGUCUUGCAUGAAUAAACAAUUUGAAAAUAUGACGGGAAUCUAGAAGAAGCACCAUGUUGGUACUUCAGCAGGACCUACUGGUCCUAUUUAUAAUGGCGAUUUUGUGUUAGAUGAAAUAGGCAGGCACAAAUCAUGUUUGGGAGAAAUAUACAUGUAAUUAAUCUAUAUGUAAGUUAAACUGCUAUUUGCAGAUUGUAAAUGACUAUUAUGUGGUUUAACACCUCUAAAAUUUAUUUACAAACAUGUGUGGAUUACUAAAAGAAAAUUGUUUGCAAUCAUAUUAUUUUAGGCAAAGAAAUUCCUUACAUGCUA